UUGUAAACUGAUUAGCUUUACAAGUGACUCAUGAACAUGUACAUUUGCUUAAAGAUAAAUGCAAAAACAAAAGUGAUUCCGAAGUAUUAAGUUGUAGGAAGAUAAAAAAGUUGGUUUGAUGAGCGAAAAAAAAUUUUAUUGGAUGGAUAAUUUUGAUAACAAUAGUACUGAUAAAGUACAGCCAUUAAUUUAUCAAAGUGAUAAUGGAGAUAAUUUGACUAGUGAAAAUACGAUUGGAAGUAAUUUAAAAAGUACUGGAGAUAUUGAAACAAAUGAUUAUAUUAAUUAUCAAAAAUCAAAUAUCGCUAAUUAUAUAUUAAAGCAAAAUGAAUUUCUUACGGUCUCAUAUUAUAAUAAUAUUGAUGACUGGAAAACAGUUAAUGGAAAAAUCAGCCAAGAGAAAAUGAAUAAACAAGUCGAUAAUGAAAAUAAUAAUGGGAUUGAAACUUCCCAGUACCAAUGCAACGACUGUAUGAAAUCAUUUGAUUUAGCUAAGCUCCUUGAUAAACAUAUAUUUUAUCGGCACACGGGAAUAAAACGUCAUAAGUGUAGAGAGUGUGAAUAUGCAACGAAUAAUUUGUCACAUUUAAAACGACAUAUCUAUACCCAUAAUAAUCAGCUUAUAAUUCACAAGUGCUCACAUUGUGAAUUCACUUGUGAUUCGUCACGAAGCUUAAAGAAACAUAAUUAUACUCAUGCUAGUAUUCGUCCAUAUAAAUGUCUCCACUGUGAUUAUGCUAGCAUGACUUUAAAUCAUUUGACCAGACACAAACUUAUUCAUUCUGAUGUACGACCUCAUAAAUGUCCACACUGUCAUUAUGUCAGCGCACGAUCAGAUCAUUUGAAAAAACAUAUUCAACGUAUUCAUUCUAGUUAAUUAAUUUAUUAAUAUUUACUCAAAUAUUAGAUAAAAAAUAUAUGACACUAGACUAAUAAUUUUAAUUAAUUUGCUAAAAGCAUUCUCGGAUAUUAGCAACCUAAUAAUGGUUUUGAAGAAUAUUCUAAAGGUUCCAUGACAACUGAUCCCAGAAAACCGAUCACCGGCAAGUGAUCACACAAUUGAUCCCACUGACUCUUUCAUAAACUAAUUAAUUACUAUGAUAUGAGUAAUUAAAAUUCACUUUUAUAAAUAUAAAAAGUUAAAUUAUGAAAAUUAGUCGACAAAAAUCAAUUAACGAUCAAUUGUUGAUGGGAUCAGAUGUCGGUAGGAUCAAUUUGUCGGGAUCACUUGUCGUGGUAUAAAAUUGUUGGGGUCAGUUGACGGCUCACCUAUUUUAAUAGUUUUAUAGUUAAUUUAAAGUUAAUUUUAUUAUGAUCAAUUUAAUUAACAUUUAUUUAUUUUUAAAUUUGAAAAAAAUAUAAUUAUGAAGGCACAAUUGGAGCAGUUGUGCUGUAUGAUAAAAUUAUUGAGGAACAUAAUGAUGAUUAUAAUUCAAUUUGAAUAUGAAUUAAGACUUAUUUUUCA